AUGGACGAUAUUCAUCAAAUAAAUGAUUUCGUUUUACCAGGUGAUUUUAUUGAUUUAUCAACAACAGACGAUUGUACAAUUGAACUUGGUCCUGGUUUAGAUUAUGAAACCGAUAUAACAUCGUUUACAGCAUAUCAAUGUGGUCAUGUUAAACAAUUGAAAUCAUCUACGCAUCCUACAUUUUAUAUUGAUGGUCAUCGUCGUUAUUCUGAUUUAGAACAUAAUGAUUCCGUUUUGGGCAUUGUUACUCGUCGUGCAAUCGAUUUUGUUAUGGUUGAUAUUGGUUUAAAUGAAUUAGCAUCAUUAUCUUUAUACGAUUUUGAAGGUUCAACAAAACGAAAUAAACCAAAUGUUGAUCGAGGAGAUGUUGUCUAUUGUAAAGUAAAGCAAAUUAAUGGAAGUCAACCACAACUGACAUGUAUAACGGAUGAUGGAAAAAGUGAUGGUUACGGAAUAUUAUUGGACGGUUAUCUGUUCGAUAUACCCAUUGAAACAGCAAAUGAUUUAUUAAAUUAUGAAAAAGAAACAUUAUUAAAACGAUUGGGUGAUGAAAUCCCCUAUGAAAUUGUCAUUGGUGCUAAUGGAAAAGUGUGGAUUAAAGCUAGUUCAAUAAGAACGAUAAUUGCUAUAAGAAAUACAAUAUUGGAACGUGUUCAUACAUGUGAUAUGGAUACGUUGCAAAAUAUAUUUGCAACAAGUCUAGUGAAAUAA